UACACAAGGCUGCGGCCCUCCAGGACUGCAGUUUGACACCCCUGGUCUAGCGCUUCCAAUUUGCGUAGGAACUACGACUCCCGAAAGGCAGUUCGGCGGCAUUUACUUCGCCGAAUUCGGUUCUGAAGCAGGCGCGGCGCAUUGUAUUUGAAUGCAUGUGGGUAACAUGGAAAGAGAGAGGGUUAGGGCAAAGAAAGAUCUUCCCGAGAGCAGAUCAUAUCUCCUGGUACUUCUCUGUGAAAUCAGCGAAUGAUAAGCGGGUCCGUUGUGGGUAGCUGGGGUGCUCCGCUGCUCGGCGUGCGGAAACGUUUGCUGGCUUCCUGAAAGCUGGAGUGCUGUAGAGCUGUCACUGAAGUUGAGCCCUGAAAUUGUUUAUCAUUGAGAGUAACUGUACCUGCCUGUGGUGCAGCUUAUACGGGCGAUCAGAGCUGCUUUUCUCUGCGAAUGCACAAAUGCCUCAUGAUUCAUUAUACAGUUCUCUCUUUAAAGUGUGUUAGCUGUCGGUAUAGUCUUGUAUAAAGUGGCUAGCUAUAUGCCAGAUGUCGCUGCUUUUUAUCUAGUUCGUGCGUUGGUUCAUUCCAGUCUCCGAAGCAGAUAAAUACCGCUUAAGUAACAUAACGUGUCCGGAUCAGCCACGCAAUGGAGGACUAUGGUGAGGAUCUGAACGCCAACCAGCACUGCCGUGCAACCGGAGAUGCCACGCUGGACAAAGCGAUUUAUCAGUGGAUCACUUGGGAUAAGAACCCCAGAACACGGGCCCAGAUCGAGGCGCUGUUGGGUGAUGGGAAUCUGGAGGAACUGCGCCGCAGACUUUGUGCCCGGAUGGCGUUUGGGACUGCCGGCUUGAGGGCCACCGUGGGGGCUGGCUUUGCGCUCAUAAACGACUUGACCAUUAUCCAGUCAACACAGGGCAUGUACAAAUAUCUGGACAAAUGCUUUCCUGAUGUGGGUACCAGAGGUAUAGUAAUUGGCUAUGACACAAGGGGACAGGAAGCAAGUGGCUGUAGCAGUCAACGGCUCGCCAAGUUAACUGCAGCAGUUAUGCUCUGUAAAGACGUCCCCGUGUAUCUAUUCUCCACUUAUGUGCCUACUCCCUUUGUGCCGUAUGCCGUGAAAAAGCUGAGAGCAGCUGCAGGUGUGAUGAUCACCGCCUCUCACAACCCUAAAGAGGACAAUGGAUACAAGGUCUACUGGGAGAACGGAGCUCAGAUCUGUGCACCCCAUGACAAAGAGGUUAUCAGGUGCAUAGAGGAGAGCUUGGAGCCCUGGGCUGAGUCUUGGAAUGAGAACCUGUCUGAUAGCAGCCCCUUGAGAAAAGACCCUCUGGAGGACAUAUCCAGGUGUUACAUGGAAGAACUGGCUUCUCUUUGCUUUCACAGGGAGCUGAACUCCAGGACGCCGUUGAAGUUUGUUCACUCUGCUUUUCAUGGAGUUGGGCACAACUAUGUUCAGAUGGCCUUCAGAGAAUUUGGCUUUUCUCCACCAAUUCCUGUGCCGGAGCAGAUGCUCCCCGAUCCAGAGUUUCCCACAGUCAGCUGUCCCAAUCCAGAAGAAGGAGAGUCUGUAUUGGACCUCUCUUUUCGCCUGGCUGAGAACAAGGGUGCUAGGAUAGUUCUGGCCACUGACCCAGAUGCGGAUCGAUUGGCUGUUGCAGAAAUAUGUGACAACCGAUGGAGAGUGUUUACAGGCAAUGAGCUGGCGGCUCUGUUGGGCUGGUGGAUGCUGCUGAACUGGAAAGACCAGCAUCCUGACGCCGCUGAGACGGAUAAGGUGUACAUGCUGGCCACCACAGUGUCCUCGAAAGUUCUCCAGGCCUUUGCACAAAUCGAAGGCUUCCACUUUGAGGAAACCUUACCAGGCUUCAAAUGGAUUGGGAAUAAAAUCCAUGAACUCGAAAAGAAAGGAAAGGUGGUUUUGUUUGCCUUUGAGGAAUCCAUAGGUUUCAUGUGUGGAAGCAUGGUUCCUGAUAAGGAUGGAGUCAGUGCUGCGGUUGUGGUGGCAGAGAUGGUAUCCUAUCUAAAUGACAAGAACCUCACCUUGAGCCAGCAGCUGGAGAACAUUUAUGAAAUUUAUGGUCUACAUAUAUCAAGAACAUCCUACGUCAUCUGCUACGAUUCUCCCACCAUCAAACGAAUAUUCUCCGGGCUUCGUAAUUGGGGCGGCAAGGAGGGGUAUCCAGAUUCUUGUGGAGGUUACAAAAUUACACACAUCAGGGAUGUGACUACAGGCUAUGACAGCAGUCAGCCUAACCAUAAAUGCGUUCUGCCUGUGAUGAAGAGCAGCCAGAUGGUCACCUUCACCUUUCAGAAUGGCCUUGUAGCCACACUGAGGACAAGUGGGACAGAACCCAAAAUCAAAUACUAUGCAGAGAUCCGCGCACCUCCUGGAAACAGGGAUGGUUCCAGUCUGAAGGAGGAACUGCUUAAGGUAACAGGAACUCUGGUUGAGGAGUUCCUUGAACCUGACAAGAACAACCUUGUACGCCGAUCUGUCUGAGCACUGGUGUUCCUGUCUAUCAACUUAUUUUAAUGGUCUGAUUUUUAUUUUGUUGUGUUAUUGGGACUGCAAGUGUCCUCCUUUGUUGUUGUGUACAAUGUGAUGGAAGUUGCUUGCAGUUUCAGUUCAUUUGAGGCGUGCUUUCUACAAGCCAUACUGCAGAUUCAAAGUAAUGCGUCUAUGUACUGUAUUGUGCAUAGUAGAUGUUUAGUUUGUAGUACAGGAUUCAGUUUCAUGAAUCAGUCAUGAUACAGUAGGUCAACGUAGGGAAGUCCACCACUGCAAGGUUCACAGUUGUGUUGAGUAAAAUAAGACCUGGUCAGCUUUUGCUCAUAACCAUGUGUAUCCUGCUGUCAUUUCUCUCUCCAUUUAACCACAGCAAUGGCGAACAAUUUUGCUUUCAACUUCAAUCCAGCCCUUUCGUUUGUUACUGGAGACAAAAUCAUUUUUAUUUUUCCAGAUAUCGAUUGAAUACAAAACCUGUUGCGUUUCCCUGUGUAUUUAAAAAAUGCCAGACUCCAUUUCCUAACCUUGCUUGAAAAUUUGCUCUGCAGUGGCAAAUACAUACAGGUUCAUUCAUCAUAUUCACUUAUGUCAUCGAGGACAUAUCACAGACUAGAUCACAUCUACCAUUUUUACUGUUGGUGGUCAAGGUGUCUGUUAUAUUUUAAAUAUUUUUAGCACAGACUACACAUUCAUUGCAUUUUCAUUCCAUCAAAAAGACAUGAUGCAGCCAUAAUUCAUUAUCAUCCCAGAGGGAGAAGCUGGUCUCUUUGGGGGUGGGAGCUACAGGGUGUGAAAUGAAUACUACUGAAAUUGCACAUUAGAUAACCAAAGAUCCUAAACAAUUCAUCUUUCUUCAGCUGAAACCAGAAGAAGUCUGGAAACAAGAAUCAAACUGUGAUGUUCUAUACUCUGCAUACUUUUGAAUAUUGACCACUUUCAUGAUACUCAAAAACCAUGACUGCUGACUUUGUGUGCUGCCUUCUCAUAAUAAGUUCCAAAACGCAUAAGUUGCAAUGUGACAUUUUGCACUGAAAUAAAUUGAACCUUCAGGAUCGUAUGACCCCGAAUGAUGCAGUAAAGAAUUUCCCCAGUCAUUAAGCUGAAAAUGACAAUCAUAAUGAGCACUUACUUUAGCGGGUCAUUGUGGAUUUUGUGUGAUGUGAUUAAUCCGUUCUUCCCCAACUAUUUUUACAUCAUCUCCCUAAAAACAUUUCAGACUAUAUGUAUAUUUCACCUGUGGUUUUGUUCCUAUGAUUUCAGUAUAUUAAACCCCACAGGCAAAUAAAUGAUUAAAUACUGUUUUUUGCUGUUAAACAGCAGCAGUCGUUUGUAUUGCUAAGAGUAAUUUAAGAUGAAAAAAGCAGAUACAAAAGGCACAGAUAUAAUCUGGUACUUUCCAUUAUUCAUUUUUUCCUUUAUGCUUGUUUGGCUGCAAAUAAAAAUCAAGCCUUUCUACAUAAAUAAGAGCGAUUUAUUUUUCCAAAUGUAUGAUGCAACUGAAUUUGUACAUAUGGAAGGGAAAUUCAGGCCCCUGUCUCACCAUGACUGUCUAGUGGAAAUGUGGUUGGAUGGAUGGUUGGAUGGAUGGAUGGAUGGAUGGAUGGAUGGAUGUAUGAAAGUUAUCAUUUUGAAGGGGGACACAGAUUUUCACAUACACUCAAUAUGUAAAAACGAAAUUCAACAUAGAUGCACAAAUUAAUAUGGUGCUUAAUAGUCCGAUAAGUCUGUGAAACACUGAAAUACUGCUUUUUUAAAAUACUUUUGUUGUUAUACUAUGUAUCAGUUUACAAAAUUUCAUUCCCAUUGGCAAAAAAGCAGUUGCGUAUAUUAACUAUUUACAAGUAUGACAAGCAUUGGGUAUUAGAGCUGCUAUUGUCUGGGACUUUAAUACAAUACAAUGCAUUUUUAUAAUCAACAGUGCUGAGUCUUAGAAGAGAUUUACACUGAAAUCAAAAAUAUUGGAUUAGGUAUUAACGCCUCAAGGAUUCAAUCUUAGAAACCCAUGAUAAGCUGGGAUAGCUGGUGAUGGAACUGAAAAUGUAUGUAAGAAGCUCACGGUUCCAGCUGUCUUGCAGUAGCAGCUAUUGUACUUCAGUAAACCAAAUUUCAUGUUGUGGCAUGCACUGUGAUGAUUGCUCAUCAUUGGUUUUAAAUGCAAGCACUUGAAAUCCUGUAUUGGAACGAAUGUCUGAUUUGUUUUUGGUUCCUGCAAAAAUACCAAAAAAAAAAUAACAUGUAUUUCUUAAUUGAAAGAUUUUACACCAUUGUAAAAAUAGCACUUUAUCAUUUGUUUAUUUGUUUAUUAAUGGUAAUCUAAACCAGGAUUCUAUAGCUGUAUAUUUUUUUCAAGGCAUCUGGGCAUUUCCCUGGUUCCUGGUAGUUUGAACAUUGCUCAUUCUUUGAUUUAAUGCUUUUUUAAAUGUAGUGAUGGCCAAAUGAAGUAUUAUGAACCAUUUGCUGUAUUUUCUGACCCCACUAGAUGGUGCUCUUGGUUUACUUUGGGACAUGCUUUGAGCCCUUUUAUGAACAGUGAGCACCAUCUAGUGGAGUCAGGAAAAUACAGCAAAUGGUUAAUGAAGCUUCAUUUGGCCAUCAUUAUUUUAAGUAGAGUACAACUUUGGUCAUUACAUUCUGUGUAAAAGUGUAAGUGGUUCAUUCAGUGAGAAAUGCUGCAGUGGAGUCUCAUUGGAACCACUGUUCUAGUUUGGCGAAAUAUUAAACCACUUGACAUGCUCCUUUUAGAGAGGCUGUAGCUUUGCACUGUCUGUUCACGAGUUAGGAGUGAAGUGGUGAAGUAGUCACAACCUUAUGUUUUGGCACGAUGUUUCCCAAGCCAGUCCACAUUCUUGCUCGCUCAAAGCUCCCAGCCAAUCAAGAACACCAAAAUCCUGGGUGAGAGAGAAAACAUGGACUGUCUGGGGGGGUCCCCUAGGACUGGCUUUGGAAACACUGUCUUAGCACUUAAUUUGACAUAUUUGAGGUAUACAGAUUUUUUGGUGACUAGGAAACACUUACAUUUACAGAUAUUAGAUCUUAAUGUGUAUAUUCUGUUGUAUUUUGUGGAAUACGAUGGCUUUUUUAGACUGAUGGUAAUAUGUGGGAUGUUUAUUAAAUUAUGAAUUUCAUGCAUUUUACCAUUUUCCUUUCAGGGCAAUAAUUGAUACGCGAAAAACAUUAUAAUUACAUAUAAAUGCUAUUUCCAAAAAAUAUAACUAAAGUAAUAUUUAUUUUUUCUGAAUAUGAUGAAAUAGUUAUUUGUGGAUUGUAUGUGUGCUCAGCUGCUGUAAUAUACCUCAAACUGUUACGUCGAUUUACGCAAACUUUUUUGAGAUAUGGUAAUCCUUCUUUCAGAAUCAUCAGAUUGAUUGUUGCAUGGUAAUGUGUGAAUUUCUUGCAUUGUUUUGCUGUGGUUACUAACGAGACAUGUUCAGCACUGAACAAAGUACUUCACAAAUAAUUAAAAGUUAAAACAACUGUUGAAAGGUGAA